AUGGAUGAGUCACAGCCUCGCGAGAAACAAGAGGAAGUUGACCAACCUUUAGAAACAAGAUCACGGUCAAGCAGAUCACGUCGUUCGAGUAGAUCUUCGGCUAGUGCAGCUGCGACCACAGCAAGAGCUAAAGCAGCCGCAUGCAAAGUAAAGGCCUCUUAUGCCGAAAAGGAAGCCAUCAUGAUGAGAGAAAGAGCUCAAAUUGAAGAGCAUCAACAGAAAGCACUAGCUGAGACAGCUCGCAGAAAAGCAGAAGUUGAAGCUGAUUUAUACGUGUUACAACUGCAAAAAGAAGCUGUAGCAGCAUCUACAGAGGCAGAAGUUUAUGAAGCUGCAGUUUAUGAAGAAGACGGAGCAAGUGUCGAUCUAGAAAAAGAAUCAUGCAUCUCAAGUAGAAUUGAACGCACAGAAGAGUAUGUGCAGAAACAUUCUCAGCAAAGAAAUUCUCCUAAUUUGACUCCUAAUUCACAACAUGAAAGUGAGGGUUCAAGUUAUGUGACACAGAGUUAUGUUGCAGGCUCACUAAGUUCUCUCCCUCCAACAGUGAAGGAGGAAUUGAAUGCAGAGACAAUUCCUAUGAAGCAGGAACAGACAACUCGGCACAACUUCCAGUGUUCUCGUUCGAAUGUAAAAGUUGAGCCAUAUGAUGGAGCUGAUGAAGUAAAGCAUCAAAAAUAUCCAGUACGAAAGCAACGUGACUCCUGCCUGCCCUCUCAAGUUCCUGCUGAGUGCUUUACUCCAGCACCACCAUCACCUCAUGCAAACGACUUUACUACAUAUUUGCUGAAGAAAGAAAUGGUGAGUUCUGGCUUGUUCCAAUUUGAUGACUGUCCAGAAAAUUACUGGGCGUGGAAAACGUCUUUUCGAGCUGUAACCAGUGAACUCAAUAUAGCUAGUAGAGAGGAGAUAGAUCUUCUUGUCAAAUGGCUUGGUCCUGAUUCAUCCAGUCAUGCCAAACGAAUCAAAUCAGUUCAUGUCAGUGAUCCUGCCUUAGGAGUUCGUAUGAUAUGGCGUCGCCUGGAGGACUGCUAUGGGUGUCCAGAGGUCAUCGAGCAGGCGAUGUUAAAGAGACUUGACACUUUUCCUCGCAUCACAAUCAAAGACAACCAUCGUCUGAGAGAUCUUGGGGACUUGCUACUCGAGCUGCAGUCAGCAAAAGAAAGUGGUCGUUUACCUGGUCUUGCUUACCUUGACACAGCGCGGGGAGUCAACCCCAUCAUUGAAAAACUCCCAUUCAGUCUUCAAGAUAAGUGGAUUACGCAAGGUUCUAGGUACAAAGAAGACCAUAAUGUAUACUUUCCUCCUUUCAGCUUCUUUGUUGAAUUUGUUUGUAGACAAGCAAGAACUAGAAAUGACCCUAGUUUUGCUCUUGCUUCAACUGGCUACUCAAACAAUACAAAAUCAGACGGAGCUGCCAAGUUGAGUAACAGAACUUCUGUCUACGUCAAGAAAACUGAAAUAAUGGCUGCGCAACCAAACCAAGACAGAAACUUAGACAAGAAUGUAGAUCCAGACAAGUUUUGUACCAUACACAAUAAACCUCAUCCACUUUACAAGUGUCGCACAUUCAGGAGCAAACACCUAGAUGAACGAAAAGCACAUUUGAAGGAAAAGUUUAUCUGUUUUAGAUGUUGUGCUUCCACUAAGCAUGUUGCAAGAGACUGCAGAACAUCUGUUAAGUGCAGAGAAUGCAACAGUGACCGACACAUUGCAGCCAUGCAUCCGGGUCCUGCCCCGUGGUCCAUUGAGGUGUCUGUAUCAACUGCAGAUCAAAACAUGGAAAAAACAGAUGAAGACACUGCUGAGGUAAACAACAAGUGCACUGAGAUUUGUGGAGAUGCUAGUAGGCCCAAGUCAUGUUCAAAGAUUUGUCUCGUAAAUGUUUAUCCCUCUAAUCAACGUGAAAGAGUCAAACGCAUUUAUGCUGUACUGGAUGAACAGAGUAAUAGAUCAUUAGUGAAGUCACAGUUCUUUGAUCUGUUCAACAUCGUUAGCAGUUCUUCCCCCUAUACAUUGAAGACGUGUUCAGGUAUAGUGACUACGGCGGGGAGGAAAGUAAAUGGAUUCUUUGUCGAAUCGCUUGAUGGGAAAACAGUAGUUGCUCUUCCACCUUUGAUAGAGUGUAACACUUUACCAGAUGACAGAUCCGAGAUUCCCACGCCGGAGAUAGCUAUGUGUUUCCCCCACCUCACUGCUGUGUCAGAUAAAAUUCCUCCUUUAGACUCUUGUGCUCCUAUCCUUCUCCUCUUGGGUCGAGAUAUUCUUAGUGUGCACAAAGUGCGUGAACAACGAAAUGGACCCCUCAACACACCAUACGCACAGCGCUUAGACCUGGGCUGGGUGAUAGUGGGAGAAGUUUGCCUGAAUGGGACUCAUUGUCAGUCCAGCGUGAACGCUUAUAAGACCAACAUACUUCCAAAUGGGCGAACGUCAUUCUUCUCUCCAUGCACAAAAGGUUUCAAUGUCGUAGAGCGGGGUGAGUCACCUUUUUUGUCAUAUCUACCCGACCCACCAUGUUCUCUCAAGUGUUCAAAAACCAGUGAGAGCUAUACAACUGGCUUAAAAGAGAAUGUGUUCUUCAGAUCUUCAGAGGAUGAUAAAUCCGCUUUAUCUGUAGAGGAUAGUGUCUUUCUCGACAUAAUGGACAAAGAGGUGUACCUUGAUAAUGAUAACCACUGGGUGGCGCCACUUCCAUUCCGCUCUCCAAGAAAGCAACUCCCGAACAAUAGAGAGCAAGCUAUACAAAGGCUGAACUCGUUGCAGCGCACUCUUUCAAAGAAACCGAAUAUGAAAACGCAUUUCUUUGGUUUUAUGCAGAAGGUGAUUGAAAAUGAGCAAGCAGAACCUGCUCCACCCUUACAAUCAGAGGAAGAAUGUUGGUAUUUGCCAAUUUUUGGAGUUUACCACCCACACAAACCUGACAAAAUCAGGGUGGUCUUCGAUUCGAGCGCUCAGUAUGGAGGGGUGUCCCUUAAUGAUGUUUUGAUGAGCGGACCUGAUCUUAACAAUACCCUUUUGGGUGUGCUGUUGCGCUUCCGUAGGGAGAAAGUAGCUGUGAUGGCGGACAUAGAACAAAUGUUCUAUUGUUUCAAGGUAAAAGAGCAGCAUCGCAACUAUCUUCGCUUUCUUUGGCACAAAGACAACUGUGCAGAAAAGGAGAUCAUUGAUUACAGAAUGACCGUGCACGUCUUUGGCAAUAGUCCUUCGCCAGCAGUCGCUAUAUAUGCCUUAAGGCGAGCAGCAGAGUAUGGCGAAGCAGAUUAUGGUAUGGAUGCUAAGGACUUUGUGUUACGCAACUUCUACGUUGACGAUGGCAUCACAUCUGUCCCUACUGAAAGAGAAGCCAUUGAUCUCCUAAAGCGUACGCAAGCAAUGCUAUCAAAGUCAAGCUUGAAUCUGCAUAAAGUGGCUUCUAACAGUGCUUCGGUGAUGGAAGCUUUUCCAUCUAGUGAGAGAGCCAACGAUCUCAAAGGCCUGGAUUUUGAUAAAGACCCAAUACCUCUUCAACGCAGCCUUGGUAUAAGUUGGAACAUCAAGGCAGACUGCUUCACAUUUAAAGCUUCUCAAGAUCUCAAACCCUUUACUCGAAGAGGGAUCCUUUCCACCGUCAAUAGUUUAUAUGAUCCCCUCGGGUUUGUCUGUCCAGUCACUAUGCAAGGCAAAGCUAUAGUGAGAGAACUUUCAACUAUACAACAGGAUUGGGACACUGUUCUUCCGGCAGACAAAAGAGAUUCGUGGAAGGUAUGGACUUCAUCUUUAGCAGAGCUUGAUCGAUUGCAAAUACCACGAUCUUAUGUCCCAACCUCACUGUGUGGAGCUCAGGUUCGAGAGUUGUGUAUCUUCUCGGAUGCUUCUAUUUUAGCUAUCGCUGCAGUAGCGUACCUACGAGUAAUAGACUCAAACGGACAGCUUCACGUGGGGUUUGUAAUGGGAAAAUCCAAGUUGGCCCCUUUUCCAGCACAUACUGUUCCACGCCUGGAGUUAUGUGCAGCGGUACUUGCUGUUGAGCUGAUGGAACUUAUAAAGGAAGAAAUUGACAUAGAGUUCCACAAUAUCCAGUUCUACACUGACAGUCGCAUAGUGCUCGGCUACAUUCACAAUGUAACACGCAGAUUCUACAUGUACGUGGCUAACAGAGUUGCACGCAUAAGAAAAACCACGGAACCUAGUCAAUGGCAUUACGUCUGUUCUGAACAGAACCCAGCAGAUCAUGCCACCAGGUUUGUGGCAGCAGCCCACUUACCCCUUACCAACUGGUUCUCAGGUCCAGAGUUCCUUAGGGAAUGUGACCCUAUAGGAUGUAGUUUAGGAGAGUCAUAUGGACUUGUAAAAGCAGAAGAGGAUGUUGAAAUUCGCCCCCAAGUGAACACACUGGCAACUAACGUCAAAGAGGACUUACUAGGCUCAAGCAGAUUUGAACGUUUCUCAAGCUGGAGAUCCUUGGUGAGAGCUAUCACUACUCUGACGCACAUAGCAAAUUCAUUCUCACAAUCUUUUCCUGACACACUCUGUCGAAAAUGGCAUCUGUGUACUAAAACCUCAGGUGUGGAGAUAUCACAAGCCAAGGCGACUAUAGUCAAAACCGUACAACGAGAAGUGUACCAGGAAGAAUUUGAGAGUUUGACUAAGUUUGGUAAAGUCUCGCAGCGUAGCACACUCCUGAGGCUUGACCCCUUUGUGGACAAUGAGGGUCUGUUAAGAGUUGGGGGUCGCAUUCACUGUGCUGACAUCUCUGAUAUAGAGAAGCAUCCCUUGAUAAUCCCUCCCAAUCAUCACGUAACCGGUCUUUUAAUUCAGCAUUAUCAUGAUCAAGUGGCUCAUCAAGGCCGGCAUUUUACUGAGGGUGCUAUACGUAGUGCUGGAUUGUGGAUAGUCAGUGGCAAAAGAUCUGUUUCAAAUAUCAUCCACAAAUGUGUGCUGUGCAAGAAACUGAGAGGUAAGAUGGAGAGUCAGAAGAUGUCGGCUUUGCCCUCAGAUAGAGUUUCUGUAGAUCCACCUUUCACACACACAGGUCUUGAUGUUUUUGGACCAUUCACUGUGGUGACACGUAAGACAAGAGGGCAUAAUGCUGAGAACAAGCGAUGGGCUGUCAUAUUCAGUUGCUUAAAUACCAGAGCAGUUCACUUAGAGGUUGUGGAGUCUCUAUCAGCGUCAAGCUUUAUAUGUGCUUUGCGUCGCUUCUUGGCUGUCAGAGGACCAGUGAAGCACUUUCGUUCUGACAGGGGGACAAAUUUCGUUGGAGCAGUCAAGGAACUCCAAAUUGACAGUAGCGACUCAGAGUUGAAAGGCUUCUUGCAGAAUCAAGGUUGCACGUGGACCUUUAAUGCUCCACAUUCCUCCCAUAUGGGAGGAGUGUGGGAAAGAAUGAUCGGCAUUGCCAGACGUAUUUUGGAGGCUCUCUUGAUGAAAACUCCCACAAGACUCACGCAUGAGGUCUUAACAACUUUAAUGGCAGAAGUCAUGGCCAUCAUGAAUUCCAGACCCUUAAUCCCAAUUUCAUCAGAUACGGGCAUGCCCCAAGUGCUUUCACCAGCAAUGCUCUUAACUCAGAAGGCGAGUGUUGCUCCAGCACCUCCAGGAAAUUUUGAGAUAGGGCACUUGCACAAAAAUCAGUGGCGUCAAGUCCAGAUGCUGGCUGAUUCAUUCUGGAAGCGAUGGAAGCAGGAGUACUUGUCUACCUUGCAACCCAGGAGAAAAUGGACAGAGGAGAGAGAGAGUAUUCAGGAAGGAGACAUUGUUCUGUUGAAGGAUGGGGAAGCUAAGCGCAGUGAGUGGCCAAUUGGUCUCAUAGCAAAGACUGUAGCCUCAUCUGAUGGAAAAAUUCGUAAGGUUAUGGUGAAGACUGCUAAGCAAGGGGUAUUCAGAGAGUACUUAAGACCUAUAUGUGAUGUUGUCUUACUUUUGUCAAAUAAUCGGAAUGCAUAGUGGUAUAACACAAGUUAUACCAGGCGGGGAGUGUUCUGUGCAGUAUUAGUUCUUUCUUUAGUUUCAUUUUGGUUUGUAUAAGUAGUUCAUGUGUGACACCUUGUGGUGAAAAUCGUUAUUACAAUUCUCAGUAGAACGCAACAGGAAGCUCGUAAAACAGUAGAAGAAGAGUCGUUUUCUGUGAUCUGCGUUUUAGAUUCUGUCUAAUCCUUGGAGUAGAUACGACCGUAAGUUAUAAAUUUCAUAUUGAAAAUAACUGCAAUAAUGUUGUGUUAAUUUAAUUAAAAGCUGGUCGUUAUUAAGACGUUUAGAGAUUGAUGUUUGAUUCUGAAAUAUAGCGUGAUCUGACAGCUAAUAUGCUAAUAAGGUUACAUAGUCACAUUUUUCUUCAAAGACAUAAUUCGGUUGUUUAUUUUGUUGUUUAAUUCUGUAAACAGAUGUUUGUGAAUGUGAAAAUGUCCAUGCUAUUUUGUAAAUCAUUUUGUAAUUUGUAUUUUUGUGUUUCUUUUAGUUUUACAGUAAAGUAAAGUGCAUCACAUAAGCACAACGAAGAACGUGUGAUGAAGCUUUAUUCCUGUUAGCUAUCUGUCAGUCUUUGGUUUAGAACACCAUUGCCAGGGCAGAAUACCCUCUCUAAUCAACUUUUUAAUCAAAGUACGCUGUUCUUCUGAACAAUGUCUUGAACGACCCAUUUUCCUCAGCUUUCAAAUGCAUGUUCAACAAGUGUUGGCUUCAUCCUUAAAUAGGGGCCACCUGAUUCACACCUGUUUCUUCACAAAAUUGAUGACCUCAGUGAUUGAAUGCCACACUGCUAUUUUUUUGAACACACCCCU